AUGCCUUCGUAUCAUAUAACAAGAGUUGCUCUGGCCAAGACGGAACCCGACUCGUCGAUGGAAAACGAGCAUAUAGAGACAAUCAUCCAUAAAAACAACGUCGUCCUCUCGUUUGAGUUCACGCCUGCGAGGACAUGGCUCAAAAUUGUCCUCACAUCUGAUGGACACGUUCUCGUGGCAAAGCUCUUGCCAUCAAUUGGACAAGGUACAACGCAAUCUAGGUGCGUCGCCUACAACAACAGUACGGCGUUGUUUCGGUUCGGGACACCUAGUGCCUUCGGCAAUGAGAACAACCGGCAAACCUUCUUUCAGGUCGAGUUUGCCGACACGGACGCCAUUCUGUCGAUCCUCGCGUUUGUGGGCGACUUUUUGCGCCCAAGUUACGUCCAUCGAUAG